AUGGAAACUAUUUGUCGAUGCUACUCUACUUAUCAUGCCGAUGGCACAAAGUCUCGAUUUGGCAGGAGGCGGAUUGAAGAGCGAACGAACACGGGCUCACGAUCUACGGAGGGUUUAGGUUGCGUUGUCAGGUCAAGGCGCGUGAAUCGAAAGAUAGACAUAGCUCUACUACCGUUCCUAUCAGUUUUAUACCUGUUCAAUGGGUUGGACCGGUCGAAUGUUGGGAACGCUGAGACACAAGGAUUCAGUACCGAGGUUGGAGCCGUGACCGACGACCUCAACCUAGCCGUAUCGCUCUUCUUUGUUACUUUCGUACUGCUACAACCGCCGUCAGCUGCUGUAGGGAUAUGGCUCGGAGCAAAACAUUGGAUUGCCGUGAUGAUGCUCGGUUGGGGGACAUCGACUCUAGCGCAUGCUUUCAUUCGCGGACGCCCAUCUCUGAUCACCCUGAGGCUAAUGGUCGGCGCGUUUGAAGCGGGCUUCUUCCCCACCGCUGUAUCCUACCUUUCGACCUUCUACUGUAGGUACGACCUUGGGGUACGCAUUGCUCUCUUCUACGGCCAAUACGCCAUCGCAGGCGCUUUCUCCAGUACUAUUGCCUAUGCUGUCUUCCACAUCGACGGUACUGCACUAUACAAUUGGCAAUAUCUCUUCAUCAUUGAAGGCGGUCUCACUAUAUUGUUAGGUAUAGCUGCCUGGUUCUGGCUUCCUCAUGGCCCAGAGAAUGCGUGGUUUCUGAGUACGGACGAUCGACAGUUCGCCACCGAGCGCAUUCUCCACGACAAUGCUAGCUGCGUGCCUCAGAAUUGCCCACGCGAUACGACCAAGAAACAGAGGCUUUCGAAGAGGGACGUGAAAGAAACGGUCACAGACUGGAAGUUGUGGUACGUUCUGCUAUUCAACAUCUGCGCGAGUGUGCCUGGCCAAGCUUUCUCUGUCUUCUUGCCCUUGGUCGUGCAAGGGUUGGGAUACUCUUCCCUUCGAGCAAAUUUGGUACAUCGAUAUUCUUCUACACAUCGAUACAGUCAGAGGUGCUAAUAAUCGAAUGAAGAUGUCCGUACCGCCGUACUUGUGCGGAGCAACGACGCUAUACCUUUUCGCUCUCAGCUCGGACUAUCACAAAGAACGGGGUUACCACAUCAUCGGGGGAAUCAUCAUUGCACUGAUAGGCCUCAUUAUAACCACGAAUACUCCCUCAACGGGCACAAAGUAUGCUGGGUUAUGCAUCCUGCUUUCCGGAAGCUACAUUCAUGGGCCACUCACAACAGCCUGGCUGAGCGGAAACACACCUGGUACGUCACGUAAGCGAGGAACACGUAGAACAGCAUCUGAAUUGAAUAGAGCCCGGCAAACGCUCUCUCGUUCUCGGCGUCAAUGGCUUUGGCAAUCUCGCUGGAGUGAUUGGUAGCCAACUCUACAAACAGAAAUACGCGCCAGGAUUUCUAAUCCCGUUCUACGUCACGCUCGGUUUCGUCGCAAUGGCUUUGUUAGGAUAUGUUUCAUACAGAUAUGCGCUGCAGGCUGUGAACAUGAGAAGGUCAAAUAUACUCGCAGGCAAAGACACGGUACAGGUCGAGGCGGAACAAACAGACGAUACACGUUACGCUGAUCGCAAGUGGACUUUCACAUACGGUCUCUGA